UAACUAGUCUGUUACACCACAGAAAAGAACUGGCCUAGCAAUAAAACACUGCAACAAUAUUACGUUAUUCAGAUACAUUAUUUGUCUGCAAUCCAAUCAAGCCAAUCAUCAAGUAAUGAGUAGAAAUUACCGAGCAUAAGCUUCCAGAAGUACCAGGCCUGCUUGUUCAAAUUUAGCCUGCUGUUUUGUUGUCCUUCUAAGCGAUGUUUUCAUUUUCUUCUUUAACUGGAGCAACAGAUGUUCACUGUGAGAGUAGUACUAAAGUCUAACACUGUAAGACACUAGAUGGUGCCAAUUUUUCCUCUUCUCAUCUGCCUUUGUGUAAAGAGAGAGACUGCAGAUUGUUCAUUGCUAGGGGUGUAACGAUACGCUCAGGACAUGAUACGAUGUUUGCAACGGUUGUUGUGCUGCGAGUAGCAAAAUCAUUAAAUGUGGUUGAUUUCCCAGAUUUUGAUAGGCAUGUACCUCAUAAGGUAUUACCACUCCCUUUUCUGUAUGUGGGAAAUCAGUUAACAGGCCUGUUUGGAACAAAACAACUGAAUCUGCCAAUGUUUACUGUGCUCAGACGAUUCUCCAUUUUAUUCACAAUGCUGUUUGAGGGUUACCUCCUAAAAAAGAAGUUUUCAUGGUCUAUAAAGGCAACCGUAUUUACCAUGAUCCUAGGAGCUUUUAUUGCUGCAAGUACAGAUUUAGCUUUUGACCUCCAUGGAUAUGUGUUCAUUACACUUAACAACAUUCUGACUGCUGCUAAUGGGGCUUAUAUGAAACAAAAACUGGACUCCAAGGAACUUGGAAAAUAUGGGCUGCUGUAUUACAAUGCUUUAUUCAUGAUUAUUCCCACUAUUAUUUUAGCAUACUUAACCGGAGACAUUCAGAAAACUUUGGAGUAUGAUGGUUGGACUGACAUUUUCUUUGUGAUUCAGUUUGUGUUAUCAUGUGUAAUGGGGUUUAUACUCAUGUACUCAAUUAUGUUAUGCACCCAUUACAACUCUGCUUUGACGACUACAAUUGUUGGAUGUAUCAAGAAUAUCUUAGUGACUUACAUUGGAAUGGUGUUUGGUGGAGAUUACAUCUUUACUUGGGUUAACUUUAUCGGCCUAAACAUCAGCAUUGCUGGCAGUCUUGUGUACACGCACAUCACUUUCACUAAGGAACAAAAAAAAACAAGUUGAUGGAACAUGAAUAAAUUGGAUAGUAGGAGAAUGUUGAUGAUACUCAUGGGAAUCAAGAACCCAGCCAGCAGUGUGUAAAGUCUCAAUUCUCAGCGUCUUGAGUACAACAGUGACCAUCAAUUUUUUCAGCAACUGUGGUAUUUUUCAUUAAACCUUUCUUGUUGACAGUU